AUGCCGAUGGACAAAAGGUGCAUCGUGGGAGAAGGUAUGCUGCUAAAGCGAAGUGGCAAGUCGUUGAAUAAAGAGUGGAAGAAGAAAUAUGUGACAUUGUGCGACAAUGGUGUGCUGACCUACCAUCCUAGUUUACACGACUAUAUGCAGAACGUUCACGGGAAAGAAAUUGAUUUGCUGAGAACCACUGUGAAAGUCCCUGGGAAGAGGCCACCCCGAGCUACAUCAGCCUGUGCACCCAUUUCCAGUCCCAAAACGAACGGCCUCUCCAAGGACAUGAGCAGUUUACACAUCUCUCCAAAUUCAGGGAGCGUGACUACUAGCACAUCUGUGUCUCAGAUGGCAAGUGGGAUCAGUCUAGUCUCCUUCAACAGUCGUCCGGACGGUAUGCAUCAGCGCUCUUACUCGGUCUCCAGUGCAGAUCAGUGGAGUGAGGCUACAGUCAUUGCAAACUCUGGCAUUAGCAGUGAUACCGGGUUAGGAGAUUCAGUGUGUUCAAGCCCAAGUAUAUCCAGUACGACAAGUCCCAAACUUGAUCCACCACCUUCACCUCAUGCCAACAGAAAGAAACACCGCAGGAAGAAAAGCACGAGCAAUUUCAAAGCUGAUGGUAUCUCGGGCACAGCUGAAGAACAAGAAGAAAACUUUGAGUUUAUCAUUGUCUCUCUCACCAGCCAGACUUGGCACUUUGAAGCCACCACAUAUGAAGAAAGAGAUGCGUGGGUACAAGCCAUAGAGAGUCAGAUCUUGGCCAGUUUACAGUCAUGUGAGAGCAGCAAGAACAAGUCCCGCCUGACGAGUCAGAAUGAGGCCAUGGCCCUUCAGUCCAUAAGGAACAUCAGAGGCAAUUCCCACUGCGUGGACUGUGAAGCACAGAACCCUGACUGGGCUAGCUUGAACCUGGGAGCCCUCAUAUGUAUUGAAUGCUCAGGUAUACACCGAAACCUUGGCACACAUCUCUCUCGCGUCCGCUCUCUCGACCUGGAUGACUGGCCUAUAGAGCUUAUCAAGGUGAUGUCUUCUAUCGGGAACGAGCUGGCAAACAGCGUCUGGGAGGAGAGCAGCCAAGGCCACAUGAAACCUUCAUCAGACUCCACAAGGUAG